AUCCAUAAUUAAGGAAUUAUGGAUCCUUAUAUAAAGACCGGAAAUUUUGCUUGAAUCUCAAAAAAAUGGAAACUUUUUCCCUCCUGAAAGCAAUAGCAGCAAUUUGCUUUGCUUUUAUUCUUCUUCGAAAAAUAUGCCCAAUCAGCCCCCACCACCACAACAAAAUAAAGAAGAAGAAAGAAUUGCCUGAACCAGAGGGUGCCUGGCCAUUAAUAGGUCACCUUCACCGUCUCAGCCGCAGUCAAAUACCAGUUUGUCGAGCUCUAGGAGCCAUUGCCGACAAACAUGGCCCAAUCUUCACAAUUAAGCUUGGAAGAAAACGAGCAAUAGUUGUGAGCUGCUGGGAAGCUGUUAAGGAUUGCUUUUGUACCAAUGACAAAGCUUUCUUAACUCGUCCUACUUCUGCAGCCUCAAGAUACAUGGGUUAUGGUAAUGCCAUUUUCGGUAUGAGUCCUUAUGGACCAUAUUGGCACCAUAUUCGCAAAAUAGCCCACCUUGAGCUCCUAUCCAAUCGACGCCUUGAGAUGCUCAAGAGUGUUAGAGCUUCAGAAUUGGAAACCUGCAUCAAGGACUUGUACUCAUUUUGUUCCGAAAACAUAGCGAGUACUUCAGCUAUGGUGGAUAUGAAUUUGUGGUUUUCAACCUUGGCUCUCAACAUGAUGUCGCGUAUGAUAGCAGGGAAGCGAUACAGCAGCAAUGACAACGACGAGGAAUCUAAGAGAUUUGUGAAAACCAUCAAAGAUUUCAUGUAUUUAGGAGGAGUACAUUUGGUUUCCGAUGUUGUUCCUGGGAUCGAGUGGUUAGAUUUGCAAGGGCAUAUAAGGUUUAUGAAGCAUAAUGGUAAGGAAUUGGACUAUUUCAUGAGUAGUUGGCUUGAAGAGCAUCUUCAAAACAGGGAACGGCAGGGUCUGCUUAAAGAAGACAGAGACCUCAUUGACACAAUGCUUUCGUUGUUCGCUCAUGAUGAUUCCAUUUAUGGACACAAAGCUGAAACCGUCAUCAAAGCCACAGCGGCGAAUCUUGUAAUAGGUGGCGCAGAUACCACAUAUUUGACUUUAACAUGGGCACUUUCGCUGCUACUAAACCAUGUUGAAGCACUAAAGGCUGCACAAGAAGAGCUAGACAUUCAAGUUGGAAAAGGAAGGUGGGUGGAAGAAUCCGAUAUCAAGAAUUUGGUAUACCUCCGAGCAAUUGUCAAGGAAACAUUACGACUAUACCCCUCAGGUCCACUUGUAGCACCACGUGAAGCCAUGGAAGAUUGUUACGUGGCUGGUUAUCAGAUCCCAAGAGGAACAAGAUUGCUAGUCAAUAUAUGGAAGCUACAUCGCGAUCCUCGAGUUUGGAUAGACCCUCUCGAGUUCAAGCCAGAAAGAUUUAUCAGCGGAGACAAUGCAAGAUUAGAUGUAAGAGGUCAUAAUUUCGAGUACAUUCCCUUCAGCUCUGGAAGAAGAUCAUGCCCUGGGAUAUCUUCUGCCAUGCAAAUCAUAUGCUUAACUCUGGCUCGUGUUCUUCAGGGCUUCAAUUUGGCUACACCGACCAAUGAACCAGUAGACAUGAGUGAAGGCUUAGGCCUAACCAUGCCUAAAGCAACACCUUUACAAGUCUGCCUUAGCCUGCGCCUUCCAAAUGUACUUUAUCAAGCCCCUUGAUUAAAUGGGGAAAAACGUUGCUUAACCUACUAAGCAUUCUAAUAUGUGUCCCAUUUCAUCCUUGGAUUGUAUUGUCCAAGAAAUAAUAAUUACCUUUGGAUUAAUAUGACAAGAAAAAAGAAAAAAAUUAAUAAUAAUCUUUUGAUUAA